AUGGAAUAUGAGUUAAGUGGAAAAGUACUGUAUAGGGAUUUUUUCGGUGGUGUUGUGGCAUUUACACGUGAACAGUUUCUGGAAAUAAAUGGAUUUUCAAACCUAUAUGAAGGAUGGGGUGGUGAGGAUGAUGAUUUAUUGACUCGAGUUAGUCAAUCCAAAUAUGGGGUAUUUCGAAUCAGUACAGAUAUUGGUCGUUACUAUACACUGAGUCAUGCCACUGAUAAGUUGAAUGAAGUCAAUCCAGACCGCUACGCAUUGUUAAAAAACGCAUCAGCACGUAUUAAAAUUGAUGGACUGAAUACAUUGGACUACAGUGUUAUCUCUUCACAAACCAUGUACAACGGUUUACUUCAUUGGAUUUCCUUGGAUAUACCAUCAGUGAGGAAGAGUCAUUUAUAG